UACAAAGUCGCAUAGUUCCCGCAGGUUGUUGCUCUGAUCCACUCACUCACCCUCGCAUUUUUCUCACUGAAAUUCUCAAAUGGCUUCUUCUCUGAUUCGUAGGACCAUCACCACCAACAUCAAAAAGCUCCCAUUGUUAUCUUCUCCGAUCUGCAAUAACAACUGGGUAUCUCACCAUUCCUCCAUCCACAAAGCUAUGGCCGUUUCCUUUCAUUCCGAAGCUGUUGCUGGUGGUGGCGCAGGGCUACCAUCGUACAUGCGUGGAGCUGUGUUUUGGGAACCCAACAAGCCUCUCACCAUCGAAGAAUUCCACAUGCCUCGUCCCAAGGCUGGUGAAGUUCUCAUCAAAACCAAGGCAUGUGGAGUAUGCCACUCUGAUCUACAUGUCAUGAAAGGUGAAAUUCCGUUUGCUAGUCCUUGUGUUGUGGGGCAUGAGAUUACUGGUGAAGUCGUUGAACAUGGGGCUCUCUCUGAUGGAACAAUCAUAGCAAGGCUGCCAGUUGGAUCUCGAGUUAUUGGAGCCUUCAUCAUGCCUUGUGGCAAUUGCUCCUACUGUUCUAAGGGCCAUGAUGAUCUAUGUGAAGCUUUCUUUGCUCAUAAUCGGGCACAUGGUACCCUCUACGAUGGUGAAACACGGCUCUUUCUUCGGAGCAGUGGAAAGCCAAUAUUCAUGUAUAGUAUGGGAGGUCUUGCUGAAUACUGUGUUGUGCCAGCAAAUGCAUUGGCUGUAUUACCACACUCAAUGCCAUAUAUCGAGUCUUCAGUUCUAGGAUGUGCUGUUUUUACUGCUUAUGGUGCUAUGGCUCAUGGGGCUAACGUGCGUCCGGGUGAUUCCGUUGCUGUUAUUGGAACUGGGGGUGUUGGUUCUAGUUGCUUGCAGAUAGCUAGAGCAUUUGGCGCUUCAGAUAUAAUUGCUGUGGAUAUUCAGGAUGAAAAGCUACAGAAAGCAAAGACGUUGGGUGCUACUCACACUAUAAAUUCAGCAAAGGAAGAUCCCAUUCAAAAGAUAAUUGAAAUUACUGGUGGAAAGGGUGUUGACGUUGCUGUGGAAGCCUUGGGGAGAUCACAGACAUUUUCUCAGUGUGUACAGAGUGUGAAAGAUGGAGGAAAAGCUGUGAUGAUUGGACUGGCACAAGCUGGUACCCUUGGAGAGGUGGAUAUAAAUCGGCUUGUUCGUAGAAAGAUACAAGUUAUUGGCUCCUAUGGAGGCAGGGCGAGGCAAGAUCUUCCUAAGUUGAUUAGAUUGGCAGAAACAGGUAUCUUCAAUCUUGACAAUGCUGUUUCCAGAAGAUACUCUUUUGAGGAUGCAGGCAAAGCAUUCCAAGAUCUCAACGAAGGGAAAAUUGUCGGCCGAGCUGUGAUUGAGAUAUAGGUCUAUAAUCCAAGCAAUGCUGUUCUGCGGUGACAACUCGGCUUCUCACACACCUUACAAGGUAUAUAUGGUCUGGAGUUGCACCAUGUUGGUGCCCUGAGAACACAUGUAAAGGUCUUCUGAUGAGUUAUGUUGUCCUAAUAAAAGAACUAAUUGCAAGGACUUGUUCCAAUAAAAUCUUUCUUUUCUUUGUGCA